AUACAAAAUGAACAAGUACGAUGCUGCUCAAAUAGAACGUUAUACGAAUUAUCGCUAUGGUCUAAUUGGAUGCUAGAAAAAAAUUUUGAAUAAAAAUAAAAUUUGUUACUAAUCAAUGUGACGUAUUCACCAACGAUACCUAUACGCUAAAGGACGAUGUGGAACUUGUUAAAUGUAAUUAUAAAAUUAUUUUUUUAUCAAUUCUAUUGAGUGUCCUAAAAUUAAGUAUUCCGAGGCUGAAUACGUAUCGUGACGAUUAGCUCUCCGAGCGUCGCCAAUAUUAAAGAAACGGACGACCGAUAUGACACCUGAUUAAAAAUCGUCUGUAUUCUUGUAUCUUCUUUUUAGAUGUAACAACGAGAGGGGGAAUAGCGCGUACGAGGAGGGAGAAACUGAAAGUAACGAGACAUUCUGGCUUUGUAACUUGAACAAGUUUCUCAGUCGAUUCGUACUGCUUGGGAAAAGUCGACACGAAUAAAACUUCAGGACUUUUAUCAAAAUUACACGUGCUCUUUUUUUUCAGUUUCGAACUUUGUCCGAUAGACGAAUCCUAACGAUGCACGUGUCACUUUUUGCAAAAUUUAUAAUCACGGUGUCGGCAUUAAAAUCAUGAGAAAUGUGUGAUUUUAGAAAGUAACGAAAAUUUGUGUGAAAAUUGUUUUUUUUUUAUUUUUAUUCCAUUUUGGGCAAGUUCUCAUGGCUUCCGAACAAAUUCCAGAUGACGUCAACAGUAACAGCGAGAAAACUUUACCGGCCGAGCUGAACGGAAAUGCGGAAGUACAGGCCGUUUCUAAAUUGCGGGAGUCAAUUCCACAAGUUUGUGCCGUAUGUGCAAAGAAUCUUUUGCUAAUCACUUUUGGAUCGACUCUCGGCUUCUCGGCGAUCCUCAUCCCAGAGUUGAAAAAAGACCAUUCCGAAAUACAGGUCAACACGGAACAACUGUCAUGGAUCAGCAGCAUCAAUCUAAUUCUCGUGCCAGUUGGUUGCGUGUUCAGCGGUCCAAUCUCGCAAUUUUUUGGAAGACGAAAAACUAUGAUGAUCGCUACCGUACCGUUUACCAUUGCCUGGUUAUUAUUUCACUAUGCUACCAAUCCUACGACAUUGCUCAUCGCUUUAUGUCUGACUGGAAUCACUGGCGGUUUAAUCGAAGCACCUGUACUGACGUACGUAGCGGAAAUCACACAACCUCACGUCCGGGGAAUGUUGUCCGCCACCUCGACAACGUCCGUCAUCCUGGGGGUAUUCACACAAUUGCUGGCAGGAAGUAUGACUGGUUGGAGAACAGUGGCUCUUAUCAAUACAGCUUAUCCAGUCUUGUGCUUUGCUGCUCUGUGUCUGGUACCAGAGAGUCCUUACUGGUUAGCCGGCAAAGGUCGUCUUCAGAGUGCGGAACGUGCCCUCUGCUGGCUACGGGGAUGGGUGACACCACUCCACGUGCGAAAGGAAUUCCAGGCGCUUUGUAAAUCGAUGUCCAAACCUGCGGGAAAAGAAUCCGAAGGAACGAUUAAAGAGAAACCUUGGAUAGGAUACACCAGACGCACCUUCUAUCUACCUUUUACGUUGAUGAUCGUGACCUUCUUCAUUUCUGCCUUUGGCGGGGUUCACAGUCUGCAAACUUUUGCUGUUGUCAUAUUUUCUGAGCUGAAUGCCCCCAUCGAUAAUUACACGGCUGCUGUGUUCCUUGGGGCCGCUGAACUUGCGGGGACGCUCAUAUGCAUCUCUGCCAUACACUUCACUGGAAAACGAAAGCUUUCUUUUCUAUCUACCGUUGGUACGGGUCUUGGAUUUUUUGGCACUGCCGUUUACACAUAUAUGAUAGACGAAGGGAAAUUGAAUGGCGAAAAAUAUACUUGGGUGCCAAUGACUCUACUCAUUGGGGCUGCGUUCAUGUCGCACGUGGGAAUUAAACUUCUACCUUGGAUUCUCAUUGGAGAAGUUUUUCCUGGACAGGUGAGAAGUGGAGCUUCCGGUGCCGCUAGUUCCAUUGCAUACGUCUUCAACUUCAUUGUCAAUAAAGUAUUCUUGUAUAUGAACGAAGGCAUCACGCUUGCUGGCACUUUUUGGUUUUACGCGAGUGUCAAUCUUUUGGGUACUGUUGCAUUGUAUUUUAUACUACCGGAAACGGAAGGUAGAACACUUGAAGAGAUCGAGAAUCAUUAUGCUGGUAUUCACAAUCUGAAGGACAAACCAAAAAAGAAUGAACUGACAUUUAAGGAACAAUGUUCGGCAACUAAUCCCAUUCCCAUCAAUGACGAUAUUGAAAGCAAACUUUGAGUUUUUGAAAUUUCGCAGAAAUUUCAAGCUCGUGUUAUAAAUUUGUAUAAAUUUCAUCGCUUAUUUUGAACGUGAUAAAUAUUUUUUAAUAAGCGAUGCAUCGAGUGUUGUUAUUUGAAAAUUUAAGCGUUUUUUAAAUCAAAUCAUCAACGUGAUUUUGCGAAUGAUAAACUAGGUGGUGUGCGAUUGUAACAUAUUUUCUUACAUUUGAAACAGAGUUUAUUUAUUGUAAGACUAUAAUCUGUAAUAUUGGAUAGCGCUAAAGACAUAAUGAUGUUACGUAGUCUUUUAAUAAAUUCAUUGAUUUCCACAAUCACCAUUAUCGACCAGAUACAUUAAAACAUUUCGAGUAUGCGUUUUCUAGUGUGGCAUUGCUUUUUGUACAAAUGAACAAAAUCUUAUAAAUACGAUAGUUUGACUUUCAAGGUAAAAGAAAUUAGAAAAUCCACCGAAACAGUAUUUGACGUGAAUCAUUGUAAAUAAGAGCAACAAUAUAUGUAUAUUUUGUAAAAUGAUUUUAAACUAGAGCAAUAAAGUUUGAACUAAAAUAAAGGAACUAAUAAUCUAA